AUGGCGAAGAAAAAGGUAGAAGUUGCAUUACAAGAGGAGAUAGAGACACAAGAAGAUUGGGAAAGAGCGCUUCAAAGAGAAGGACUUAUGAGUAUUUCGCGUUGUGCCCAGGGUUUACUCACAGUAAUUGACAUUUAUCAGGAUUGGGCAGGGCCUUGUAAAGCAGCUGCCGGAAUAUUCCGACGAAUGAAAACAGAACUGAAUGACGAUUUACUUAACUUUGCCAUAGCUAAGGCAGACAAAAUCGACUCCUUAGUAAAGUACCGAGGCAAAUGUGAACCUUGCUUCUUGUUUUUUGGUUGUGGGAAACUCGUCGCUGCAAUCAGGGGCGUGAACCCGCCGGAAUUGGAGAGAAAUAUUUUAGAAAAAUUAAAGCAAGAGCAUGAAGUUUUGAGAGGAGAGGCUGAGCGUGUUGAGAGAUCCCGUAUUUCUAGCACAAGAAUUAGCAGAAGAAGAAGAAAGAAGACGAAGAGAGGAGGAGGAAGGUUUGAUUCUUAUAUUUCGAUGGAGGGAAAUAUAUUGACCUUUUUAGAAGUCCCUCAAGAAGUCACAGUAGCUGUUUUGAAGCCAGACAUCGUUCAGUCAGGUAGAACAGAAGAACUCAUUGCAGAGCUUGAAGAAAAAGGGAUUUCGAUCAUUCGAAGAAUUUCCCAUACUUUCACGAAGCAGGAAGCAGAGGAAUUUUAUGCAAAACUCAAAGGAGAGCCUUAUUACAAGAGCUUGGUUGACUUUAUGAUAUCUGGACCCAGUGAAAUAUUGCUGUGUGCGAAGGGAGCCGAAGGAGUCAUAGGAGAACUAAAGGGACUGGUUGGUCCAGCGAUUUCCGAAACCCUUGUGAAGGAACCUGGACUGCGAGCCAAGUACGCAUCGGACAAAAUCCGAAAUGCGAUUCACGCACCUGAUAGCAAAGACGAGGCUGCCAGAGAAUUGGCAUUUUUCUUUCCCGAUUACGAACCACCCAUUGUUACGGUUCGUCGUCCACGUGUACAAGUCACGGAGGAUGACGUUGGUGAACCUCAGCUGUCCGCGGUAUCAUCCGGAUUCGGUGAAGGAAUACAACGUACGGUGGCCUUACUGCGUCCAAAAGCUUAUUUCAUGUACAAGGAUUCCAUCUUGGAGAAGAUCAAAGAAGCUGGAUUUGUGGUCGCGUCGCAAAAGGAGAUAACCCUGAGCAAGGAACAGGCCGAGGACUAUUAUAAAGAACACAGAGGGGAGACGUACUUUGGAGAGCUCACUACAGUGAUGUCAAGUGGACCUUGUCUUGCACUGUUACUUGCACGGCAGGACGCUGUGGAUACGUGGAGGAAGCUACUCGGUCCUAAAGAUGUGGCCGAAGCAAAGGCAACAGCUCCCGAAUCACUUCGCGCGCAGUAUGUCUCCGAGGACGAAGAGGAUAUGGCAGACGGAAAGACGAUCAACUUAAUUCAUGGCUCUGCUUCUGCCGAGGAAGCUCAGUUGGAUAUAGAACGCUUUUUCCCUGUGGAGCGUACAUUGGCAGCAGUCAAACCGGAUGCGUAUGCGAACCGAGACGAAAUUAUCGAGAUGAUCAAAUCGGCCGGCUUUCAUGUGGCUGCCAGAAAGGAUACGCAACUGGACGAAAAGUUGGCGGCGCAGCUGUACGAGAACGUCAAAGAUAAGCCGUUCUUUGAUGAUUUGGUCAAGCAGAUGACAAGCGGACGCACCCUGUUCAUGGUGCUAACACGUGAAGAUGCAAUCGCUGGGUGGCGCAAAUUGAUGGGACCCACUGAUCCUGAUAAAGCGGCAGAGGAGGCCCCUGCGAGCAUCCGCGCCACAUUUGGCCGCAGCAUCCUUGAGAAUGCCGUGCACGGUUCGUCAAACGCACAGCAAGCCUCAGCAGCAAUCCAACUGAUUUUCGGUGAUCCCGACAUUGGGAUGCCGGAGAAGUCUGGAGCCGAAUCGAAAUCGGAGCCUGCCACAGAACCGGCGUCGGAACCUGCGGUGGAAGUGGCGUCGGAACAUGCAGCGGAACCUGGAGUGAAACCAGCCCCUACCGAUGAUAAACACGAAGAAGAAGGAAAUCAGGUAGAGCCAGAAGUUGAAGUUCCGCCUGAAGAGAUGCCAAAGGAGGAACCUGAAGUCGCGCUGUCAUCUGAGGCACCUGAACCACCUGUGGUAGAAGCUGCGGCAGAACCACCGCCAACAAGCGAUGUUGUGGCGCCCGAAACGACAGCCGAAGUACCCGAGGAUGAGCAGAACCAGUCGGCCAGUGCCAGUUUGCGGAAUCAAUCCCAAACGAGCGGGAAGUCUGAUAGAGGAGAUAAAAAGUCUUCCAUCGGUAAAGUUGCAACAUCCAAGUCUACCAGUCGGUCUCAGGGGGGUGCUGACUCAAAAGAGAAGACGAAACGAAAAUCCACGAACGUAAAAAGUGUUUCACGCAACCCGUGAGGCAAUUUGAUUUCGACAGCUACCCAAAAUUAUUUGGAACCUAUUUUUUCCGAAAGCCAUCUGUAAUAUUGGUUUGGCCUUCCUGAACGUCCAACGUAUUACUUCUCCGCUCUCAUGGUUAAAGUACUUGUUCUGCUCCGCUCUAUCAGAACACACGAUGUAUAGUUCACGGUUUUAUUUCAACAGCCAGCGUGUUGUUAUGCUACAUUCGACUGCAUCACAUGUGUAUUUUACCUAUCACGUGCACUUCAAGAAUAGAAUGAAAUGACUUGAAGACCGG